GACAAUAAUCUGACGUUUAUUGUUUACAGUCGUCUUGUUUGUUUACACGGAGUGGAAAUGUCUGAAGAUGCCGAGAACAGUGCUGGAAAGCAAAGCGAUAAAACAGAAGGCGAUGGUGAACGUAAUGAGUCUGCUGAAAAGUGGAUCAUAGAGGCACAAACUAAAUUUAAGUCAUUGUCACUUGAUGAGCAGGUGAAGUUUUUUGGCUUUCUUUUAGAAGGAACAACUCCAGAAGUACGCUACAAAAUAUUCAAAGAAGUGCACAAAUACUUUCAUCAUGACAUACUAGUCUUUCUUCCAGUGGAAUUACAGGAGUACAUAUGUCAUUAUAUUGAUGUUGUAUCAUUGAUACAAGCAUCCUGUGUGAAUAAGGAGUGGAAUAGGGUAAUUGAUUCACUGAGUGAUGUCUGGCGGAGAAAAUACUUUUUGCUUGGAAAUAAGCAAAGAGGGAAAGAGGAAAGAGACUGGAAAGCAGCUUGUCUGAGAACACUUAAGUUGCGCACUGCUAUUUCCAAUGGCUCAGCAUAUCAUCAUCAUAAUGUGAGAGCAAUCUGUUUAAGCUCAGACCAGAUAACUGGAUUAGACUGUUGUAAGGACUUGUUAAUUGCUUGUUCUGAUGAUCAAGUUGGUGUCUGGAGUACUAAGGAUUAUGAACUGAUAAGUAUAUUUACUGUACCGUACCGUGUCUCAUGCCUGAAGAUAGAUAUUGGUGACAUUUUGGCGUGUGGUCACAGCUCAGGGCACAUUACAACGUGGUCAUUAAACUACAGAGAUCACGAAUGCAGACCAGCCUCGAGGCUCGAAUACCGUGGUCAUACUGGUGUGGUAAUUAGUGUCAGCUUAAGUGCAGAAAUUGACUUGUUGGUUAGUGGUGCUACAGACUAUACUGCCAAAUUGUGGUGUAUUAGCACCGGGCAGUUAGUGAGAACUAUAGUGGAACAAAGUCGCUGGAUUAUUCAGGUCACACUUUUGCCAGUAUACAAAGGAUCUAAUCCAAAAACUUUAUCCAAAGACAAAAAUUCCUUGCUUAUAAAAACAAGAGACCAAAUUAAAAUAUUUUCAUGGUGUGCAUAUUUUGAUUGUUGCCCUUAUGGUGAUGUGAAUUCAUUAGAAGAUGGUGUUGUGCAAUAUCCCUUGAAUGCUGUCCACAAUUUCCAAACCCCAGGAUGUUUUGUUCAAGGAGGAAAUGUUGUGUAUAUAAACCAAACAUUGGCACGAAGUGAUGAACCUGGAAAUGCUGAAAUUGUGUUUGAAAAUUUAGAGAAGCAGCAAUGCACCAAGAGAAUACGUUCCUUUUACAAAGUUCGGAAACUUUUAGCAGUUGGUGACAGGUUUGCUGUUUUGCUGCUACCACACUGUGACAAUUUCAUGUCCAAUCUCCUUAUAGUGGAAAUAAGUACAGGUGAAGUAGUGGGAGGAACUAUUGUGCCACAUUCCAGUUCAUCAACACCAGACCUGGCACAGAUCGUAAUGGGAGAUGAAGCGUGGCUCAGUGAUUUGAGUCAGCUGCACCAUGAAGACAUUCUUUUGGCAGCUGGACUUUUCCAUGGCCAAAUUAGGGUUAUAACAUGGUACGAUCCCAACAGAAAAUUUACUGGUUAGAGGACUUUUAAAAGUGGAUACAAAUUGUAACAUUGUCUUGAGAGUCUCCAGAUGAAGAGGAGAUAAAGAACAAGUACAAGAAAGGUUGUGUAACCUAAUUGUCAACUGUAUUUGUUAUAAGCAUAGAAAGGAACAGUUCUCAUACAUCAUAACACAGUAGCUUAUCAUCAUUUUUCACACUGUAUUCUUUGGACGCCAUUAACCAAAGCAUUACAUGUCAUUUUUUCAUAGAAGUAAAACAUAUGAUGUACUAAAAACUAUGUCUUCCCAAAAAUUGAACAGGUUGAAAGAUGUACUUUGUUUAAAUGUUACAUCUUAUUUGCUAUGAAUAAUGUGUAGCUUAUAUUAAGUUGUCUUUGUGGUCAAUUGGAGCACAAUCAUCAGUGAAAUCUGAAAAUGCUCGUAGUGCCUUUUCAUGUUGUUCCUAUAAAGAUUGGUUGCUGGACUGGAAAAUCAGCUCCAUAAGUAACAAAAACUAAUUUUAAAGUGCUCAUAGUCUUGCUGAAAUGUAGAAAAUAUCAGGAUUGGAGUGCUUUUGGUAAAGUAAAUAUUGUGUUCAAAAGACGUAUCUGAAAAGGAAAGCUUACAAUUGCUGUGUAUUAGCAGUUUCCACUUGCGGCUCUGAGGCAGGAACUGUGAGCAGCAGACCAGCACACACCUGCUGGGAAUUACCGGAAGGGAAG